AUGAUAAAGGGCGUGGAUAUUCAGAAUUUCGGCAGUAGCUGGGCAAAUGGAUUGGCCUUCUGCGCUCUCAUCCACCACUUCUAUCCCGAUUCCUUUGACUUUUCUACCCUGGACCCAAAAGACAGGAGGGGCAACUUUACAUUGGCCUUUGAGAAAGCCGAGUUAUUCUUUGACUCUAUUUAUUUACUAAACUGUGCACAGAACGAACACCAGAGUAAAUAA